AGGCAAUCGUCGAGCUUCGAGUGUCCCAUGAAAUAUUCAUUCUAAGUAGGGUCGAAAGAUGUAAGUGCAAGAGGCACUCGGGUCAGUUAGGACCUCAUGUGGAAAGGCUCUCUCGAGAAAACAAAUAAGCGGUUUACUGUGAAUUCGGAGGUGUACUUAAUUCGAAAAUGUUGCUUGAAAUUUUCACCAUCAUCACAGUCUUGUCGACCUCUUGGAGCAUCUUCCCGACUUGCAGAAAAACUCAAUUCCAGUGUGCAAACAAGGAUUGCAUCGAUGUAGGGAAAUAUUGUAACGGCAUCAAAGAUUGCAGAGAUGGAAGCGAUGAGAACCUAGAUUGUUCACCCUGCAACAUGACAUACAUGGGGAGCGUCGGCGUCACAUACGAGCUCGAGGUGAAGCGACCCGCACACGUGCCCUUUGUUUGUUUCUUGAAUUUCACGGCGGGAGGGGGAACGCUCGGAGAGCUGAUUCAGCUCAGCUUCGAAUCCUUUUCGGUGGGCACGUUCGAGUCGUUCACCGCGGCCGGCUGCCCCGACGGUCACGUGUCCAUCAGGGAGGCCAAUCGGCCGGCGGCGGGCGGCCAGUGGUGCGGCGGCGCGUGGGGAUACACGGCCUACUACAGCGAAACGGCCAGCGUCAAUCUUACCAUCGCACUGGACAGGAUCCGUCAACAGCAAGGCUCCGUGAACAACUUCGAGUUCAAGCUCUCCUACAAAUUCCUGAAAGUGAGCGACGCACGGAUCCGUUACGGAAACGCGACCCAAAGGUCUUACAGAGGCAAGUUGGCGAGCGGCUCCCAGUGCGACCGGCUGUUGGAGGGUUGCUCUCGCAGGGCAUGCCGCAUCCAGUCGCCCAACUACCCGGGGAUCUACCCGCGCAACGUCAGUUGCCACUACAGGGUGAGGGAGCGCAGCGUGCCGCAGGGGAAGCACGCGCUCAUCGCCGUCAGGCAGGCGAACUUCCACUACAAAGAGCACGCCAGCAAGUUCGAUAACAGCGACAGGGUUCUCAGAAUUUGGGACCAAUGCAAUAUGAUGCAAGAUUACAUCGAAAUCUUAGACGGCUGGGGAUCUAGUGCAACCACUCUGGCUCAUUUGUGUAGUGGAGAAACGAUUCCGGAAAUCAUAAGCAGUGGACCUGAGCUCCUAGUUAAAUUUCACACAUCUCCAUAUGGAAAUCCCUUCCAUCCAUUGCCCAUAUCGUAUUUGCCAGGAUUAGAAUUGGAAGUUGAGGUAUUCUAUGUGAACAAAGAAUCGCCCACCUACAUCGAACACGGCAAGAAAUGCGAAUUCCUCGUGACCACCUUCGACAACACCUCCGGCCUCUUAAAAAGCCCCCUGCACUCACUCCCACCAAACACAACUUGCCACUACCACUUCCGAGGCCACCCCACCGAGAUAAUCUGGAUAUCCUUCAUAAAAUACCACGUGACCAGCGAAAGACUGACCGACUUCAACGCCGAGGACUGCGACGUCCAGCUACAGAUCUGGGACGGAGAUAUCAAAAGUGAGGCCACGGUUCCGCUGAUCGGGCAGUUCUGCAAAGACGAUACGCCGAAACUGUGCGACCACACGUUGCUGAAAAACUCCUCCAGACUAACCAGGCCGUGUGGUCUCAGCGAGAGCUACGUCAGCACCAAUUCCGACCUCACCAUAUCACACUCCAUCAAAUACGGCAGCGUCCUCUAUCCGGUUAACUUCAUAUUGAGGUACGAGUUCGUGGAUCUCUCUCAAGAGGGGCUGCAGGCCUCCAGGAACCCUUGUGAUAGGCUGUUCAGGACUGCCAACGGACGGUUCUACUCCCCGAAGAUUUCAUUUCUGUUUGGUAGAGGCGGCCAAGAAGACUUAACGUGUACAUAUCAGUUCGAAUCGAAUGAGUAUCAGAGAUUGAGGAUAACGUUCAACAAGGCCCAGUUCGGAUCUAAGGAGUGUGUUUCUGUGUUCGACCGAGAAGUGAAUCGAUGGGAGUGUAAGGCUCAGCAGAAUGAUCAAGGUGUAGGUUUUUUGCAGGUUUCCGAGUAUCCUUGGAAGGAUGUCGAGAUUGUCCGCGAUUGUAUUUGCCAUAACAUCACCGAGCCUUUCACCAUCACUACAAAAUCGUCCAAGAAGGUUGUUGUUAAAUUCAGAGUGAGUAAGAUGAAGAUAAAUGAAGACUACAACAACUACUUUUUCGAUGCUUACUUCGAGUUUGUACCAAACGAAAGUAACUGUCUGAAUCCUUGGAAAAAUAGGAGGCUUCGAGGUUCGAGUGGCGAAAUUUCUAUAAGGAAUCAGGAAUACACUUUGCGGAAGAAUGAUGAUACUGACCACCAUAAUCAAAGUAUAAGAUAUUGUCUGGAUCAACCUUGGUUGAUUGAACCAGAAGAAGGGGGAAAUUUCAUCUAUUUGAAGAUAAGAGGUACCCAAAAGAGAGAUUUGAGACUUUGCAAAAGCAGAAAUCGAAUACUGGUGUAUCCAGCAGGCGAGACAGAAGUAGUUCACAUUAUUUGUCCCCAUUUCGACAGUAUGGAUGAUGUAGUUGAAAUGUUUUCUGACGGUUGGAGUUUGUACAGCUACAAAAAAAUACGUAAUAGAAACUCAAGGAGUUUUAUCAUAGAAUUUUUGAGAACAGAGACUGGUAAUUUUGCUGUUACAUGGAUGGACGUAUCCAAGAAUCCAGCUUUAACUUUGUCAAGUUCGUCGCCGAUGAUAACUCCACCUGAGUGUUUGCAUAGUUGCCCCGAACUCGGCGCCUGCAUCAGCGCCGACCUGUGGUGCGACGGCCUCCGCCACUGUCCUUCGGGCAACGACGAGCAGGAAGCCAACUGUUCCGUACAGGGCGGCUUCCCCACGGCCUACUUGAACUCGUUCGCGCUGUCGGCGCUCGGAACGGUCGUCCUGACGGCCGUCGUGGCGCUGUCCGUCUACGUCGUUAGGCAGUGGCGCAGCGACAAGGCGAACGUCAUGGUUUCGGUGACAGAGCAUACCUUCUUGGAGUUCAAGAGCGGAUUGUGUUGAAGAUCAGGGUACGGAGAGUUGAAGAGUUGCCAAGAACGUUGACGUAAACGUAGUAAUUGAGGGCUACACAUGUGUUUAUUCAAUUGUUCAUGUUUGCGUUGGUAGUGAGCUUACGGUCACUUGUGUACACAUACUUACUCGGAAUCAUUUUGGAUUUAGUUCACCGACAUAGCAUAUCUCGACUGCGAAUACCAUAAGUCGAAAGUUCAUCCACAUAGACAUAGUUAUACAUUCAACCACGUUCAUGUCGAAACAUUUUGCAG